AUACAGCAGAGGUUCAGAUCAUUUAUGUAGACAGUGCUUCAUAAUAACCCAACUUCAUAACAACUCAAUCAAAAUGACGUCAGACUACAAGUAUCAGUCAGGGUUUGGAAACGAGUUUGAAUCCGAGGAUCCAAGAUGUCCAGGGGCAGUUCCUAAAGGACAAAAUAACCCCCAGAAAUGUGCUUACGGUCUUUACGCAGAACAAUUGAGUGGAACCGCUUUUACUGCUCCUCGUGAAUCAAAUCAGAGAACUUGGUUCUACAGAAUCCUUCCCAGUGCAAAGCACACUCCAUUCUCAACAUAUGCGCACCCUUAUGUAUCCUGUAAUUGGAAUGAGCAACUCCCAAACCCAAACCAGCUUAGAUGGAACCCCUUCGAUAUUCCCAGUGAGAAAACUGAUUGGGUUGAUGGUCUACGAACUAUUGCAGGUGCUGGUGAUUCUAGAACUAGAACUGGAUUAACUGUUCAUGUUUACGUUUGCAAUUCUAACAUGGUAGACAAAGCUUUUUACAACAGUGAUGGAGAUAUGCUGGUAGUGCCCCAAGCAGGAGAACUUGAUAUUACAACUGAGUUUGGAAAGCUGAAAGUCAAUCCAAACCAAAUAUGUGUUAUCCAGCAGGGAAUCAGAUUUAGUGUUAACGUUUCUGGGCCAUCUCGAGGGUACAUACUGGAGGUGUUUGACAACCAUUUUGUUCUCCCAAAUCUUGGACCCAUAGGAGCCAAUGGUCUGGCAAAUCCAAGAGAUUUCUUGACUCCAGUUGCUUGGUUUGAGAAUCGUACCGCAGAGUUUAAAAUUGUAAACAAAUAUCAAGGACAUCUCUUCCAGGCUAUUCAGGAUCAUUCUCCCUUUGACGUGGUUGGAUGGCACGGCAACUAUGCUCCAUACAAAUACGAUUUAGCAAACUUCUGCACUAUAAACUCAGUCAGUUUUGAUCAUGUUGACCCCAGUAUAUUCACUGUGUUGACCUGCCCUAGCAAUAAACCUGGAACAGCUGUUGCAGACUUUGUCAUUUUCCCAGCUAGGUGGUCAGUAG